GGAGGGGCCUGUUGCCUGGGAACCGAGAAACGCUUACUGGACAGGAGAAAAGAAACCGGUUAAAAACUAAAAAUACUGUUAAACUGCGGAUAAUUACGGUUAUUAUUAGCGUUAGUGUAUCACAAAUACUUAAUAAAAACUAGAAACCGGCGAUAAAUGAGAUUGAAAGCAUCGUAAAGAAGUGUGAAUUUUGUUUUUUUGUUUGUUUUUUUUUUUUAUCUCGGACAGAUGAGCAGGUUAUUAUGUGUUGGCAACUCCUCAAAAGUUCCAGCACAGGGUGCGGAAAAAGUAAAAACAGGAGUCGCCAGCCAAGCAGAGCCAGCAGUAAACAGACCCGCCCACUUAACAAAACCAGUGGCACCCAAAUCCCAGCCAGGUGGUCAGACACAGGGGAAGCGUCCUUCAGCGAUUUCUGAUAGAGGACAGGCCAGAGGAAACUCCAGCAGGAGAGAGGUGGGUGCUGUUUUACAGGCUUCGUCUCGAACGGAUGAAACCACGCAUGGAAAAGAAAAAUUAGCAAAACAGACGUCUCCUGUCUGCGCAGUAGAGGAGAUUGGAAGAGCAGAAUGUGUAGAGAAGGUGCACCAGGAUGGACCUGUACUUACAGUACACCAGUCUCUUGGAGUGCCAGUGUGUCCGAAUACUCAAAGCACAAGUGAAGAAGAGAGUGAAGAUGAUGAAGACUGUGGGGAAGAUCAAGAAGAAGCUGAACAUCAUGCUCCCAUUGAGCUUCUCGCAGAGUUCCUUAAGGCUGUGAUGGGAAAGGAUUACCCACUGGCAAAGAAACUCUGUCAGAUGAUUCUUAUUUAUGAACCGGAAAACCCAGAGGCCAAGCACUUUCUCCCACUGAUCGAAGAGAGGAUGCUGAUAGAAGAAGCACAAACCUCCAGCUGUGAGGACAACAAAUCUGAUGAGAACGGAGAUGAUAGCGAGGAUGGUGAAGAUAAUGAUGAUGAUAGCGACGACAGUGAGGGCGACAGUGGUGAUAAUGAUGACGAUGAUGAAGACUCGAGUAGCACUGAUUCGGAUGGAGAAUUCACAGACAGUAGCUCAUCAGCAUCUGAUGAAAAGGAGGAAGACAUCAGCCAGUGAAGAAGAUCAGCACCCCUCCUCCAUAGCUGUGAGGACUGUGCAUUUAUGACAAGCAUUACCAGCUUUUGUAGAUCUUUUAGAUGCCUUUGCCUUAACAUUUAAUCUAAUUUGAAUUAUUUUGUUUCUUGAAAAGCAUCUCAGUUGCUCACUUUUCUGUAUGAUCUCAGUGUAAAUAAAUACAAUUACACACCACACACACCAAACAGCUAUGAAUGUACAUGAAUAUACCUAAUACAAAUAAAUACUUAUUUUGUGCAGACAA